AUGUCAAAUGCAACCCGUGCAUAUAGAACCACCGAUGAGGCCCCCGAUGAACCACCGAGCGACGAGCACUCCUCGUCGCACAUGCAAUCGAGCGCGCUGAAGUUUUGGACUUCGCUGUGUGCUACAUCUUCGAUUCCUCUCCUCUAUUCCAACCCCCUCCUGAUCUCCCCAAUCCAACAUCAACCCCGUGGAUUCCUCGCGGUGACUGAUUCGACGCGUCGCACCAAUGCAUCGGUAACUCGCCGGGGCGCGGCUGCCGACGCACUAGCGGCCAGCCCCGGCGCGGGUGGAAGCUGUUCCCCACGGCUAGCGGACUAUCAAUCACACAUUGCAUCCAUUCAUCCCAUCCAUCCAACCCCUUCCUUCCAUUCCCAUCACUCUGUCUCAGGUGUGGCUUUUUGUCAUCCACAUUCCGAGUCACAUGUCGUGGCCUGCGUUAGCAAGGAACGCGGCCCGGAUACCUACCUGGUCCUGGUUUAA